CAGCGGAAGAAGAGAGGAGGUUCCUCUCUCGUAUCAACACAGGGAGAUGCUUGGCAGCUAGGUACUUCAUCUGUAAUACCUAUACUGAACCGUGCCAUUCGUAGUACAUUUACAAGUUUUUAUGUCCUUUAGGAUUUGAUUAAGAAAAGGCUUCUUCGGAGAGGUAUCUGUCCUUAGCAACAAACCUAACGCUCAUCGGCUGCACCAGUAUAUUCCGAGGAGGUCCUUGAAGAGGAGUUUGUUUUGUGAUCUGUGUGCAGCAGCAGCACCUUGAUAAGCCAAAUGAACAGAGCAGCAUUCCCUUCCCCCACGGCAGAGAUGGCAGAGAUGAACCGUAUCCAGUAUGAGCUGGAGUACACUGAAGGCAUCAGCCAGAGGAUGCGCAUCCCUGAGAUGCUCCAAGUGGGUUCUCAAGGCCGCGAGGACCCUAAUGUUGGAUCUCAGGAGGUCCCCCACAGUGUCAUAAUGCAAGUCCCAGAGAGAAUUGUGAUUACAGGAGACAGUAAUGACCCCCAGUUCCCAAGACCCAGAGACCUGGACCUUAUCCAGUCAACGCCACUAGAAACGCUGUCGCUGAAGACUCCACCCAGAGUCCUCACCCUCAGUGACCAGCCCCUGGACUUCAUGGAAGAGGAGCAGCGGGUUGCUCCAGACAGUGAGGAGGUGAUGCGUCCCCAAGGACGAUUACGGCGGGAACGCUCAGCCAGUGAGAACACAGCUGCUCGUCAUAACAGUCAGCUGGUGCGCAAUGAUUCUGCUGCAAGCCGGUCCCCCCCAGCCACUGUCCACCCUUGCCCCCCUCUCACCGUGACUGAAGAAGAACAUAACCUGUACAGCGCUACUGGUGUUCUAUCUUUCAUCCAGUCCACUACACGUCGAGCUUACCAGCAAGUCCUGGAGGUCUUGGAUGAAAACCCUCGCAGCAAACCGUCACUGCGAGGGGGGUCGGCUUCAAGCUCCAACCCCCUGCAUGAAUCCAGGCUUGUAUUAUCCACAUUUGAAGCCACACUAGACGGUGGGCCUGAUGACAUGACUGUAGUUGAUGCAACAACACUUCGACGUCAGCUCAUCAAAUUGAACCGGAGACUCCAACAUUUGGAGGAGGAGAACAAGGAGCGAGCAAAGCGAGAGAUGAUCCUGUACUCGGUCACCGUAGCUUUCUGGCUCGUCAACACCUGGGUGUGGUUGCGACGUUAAAACCAGCCUGUAUUUAUGCCAUCACCGCGACAGAAGAACGUCCUAUCCCUUAUUCUACGUGUCAAAUGUUAGCUACUCGCUGCACUCAGUCCCUGUAUGAGGAAGACCUUGACGUGUGCGCACAAGGCCUGUUGCUCACAGGGCUGAUAUUUUUGAUUUAGUUUAUUUAAUACAUGUACAGUUUUAUUUUUUUACUCUUAUUUCAUCCUGUCUCAUGUUUUGUUUUUAUUACAAAUCAUUUUGCUCGAUGCUAAGCAUGACUUCUUGUAAAUAUUUGUUCAUGUCACUGAGAGCUUUGGAAAGACCUCCUCCAGAGAUACAGUAUAGCAUAUAUAGGUAAAUAGAGCUGCAGUGUGGAGAUGUAACAUGCUGAAUAUUUAUUGCUGAGAGGGUAAUAUGUGACUGGAACUGGGAAAUGUAAUACAAUUUAGUAAAAUCAUACAUAUAAUGUGUUGUCCUGUAUUUUUAUUGAUGCAUUAAGUGAAAUGCACACAUCACUAUAAUUUUGCUGUUAUGUGAAAAAGGAAUAUACCUCUCACAUGAGGUAUGAAAUUGAUUGAUUUUUUUCCCCCAUUUUUUAUUUACACUGUUUACAAUUUAUAAUCACAAUUUCUUUUUACUGCUGCAGUUUCAUUUUUCAUACAUGAAUAUAACUGUAUUUUAAUGUCUUGUUUGUUUAGAGGCACUGAAAACUGACUGAAAGUCAGUGUAGAGUACUGUACAGACGAUUAAAAUGAUUCUAAACUGA